UCCUCAUCAUAAAACCCCCCUCGCUCCCGCACCCUCAGCUCCCACCUCACCACUCGCCUCCUUCGUCCGCGCAGUCACACUCCUCCCGGUGGGCGGCAGCAGCAGCUCCCUGCUGCCAACCAACUCCACCAACGCACACACGCACCACCACAGCAGCGAUGGCCAUGGAGGAGGACUCGUCCACGGGCUCCGAGCCCACCACCUCGUCCUCCGCGGAGGCGCCGGCGUCGCCGACCGCGACCACGGCGUCGUCGUCCUCGGACUCCUCCUCCCCCGGCAAGGGCAAGAAGCGCCGGCGCACCAAGGACGGGCACCACCCGACGUACCGCGGCGUGCGCAUGCGGGCCUGGGGCAAGUGGGUGUCGGAGAUCCGGGAGCCGCGCAAGAAGUCGCGCAUCUGGCUGGGCACCUUCGCCACCGCCGAGAUGGCGGCGCGCGCCCACGACGUGGCCGCGCUCGCCAUCAAGGGCCGCGCCGCGCACCUCAACUUCCCGGAGCUCGCGGCCGAGCUCCCGCGCCCGGCCACCGCCGCGCCCAAGGACGUCCAGGCCGCCGCCGCGCUCGCCGCCGCGGCCGACUUCCCAGCGCCCGCCGCCAAUGCCGCCAGCGCCGGCAAGGCCGCCGACCCCGACGACGACGGCCCGGACGCCAGCGCCGCCUCCGCCUCGCCGCCGCAGCCGCAGGACACGGACGUCAACCCCGACGACGCGCUGUUCGACCUCCCCGACCUCCUGUUCGACCUCAGCAGGCACGGGCCCUCGUCGUGCCACCAGCUCUCGUGCGCCGCGUCGUGGGACGACGACGCGUGCUUCCCCGGCGCCGCGUUCCGCCUCGAGGAGCCGCCGCCGCUGCUGUGGGAGUACUAGACCGAGCCGCUGCAACCUGCAGGCAGGAGCUCCGUGUAUGUCCUGUAUGUAAUCGCCGCGGUGGACCAGAAAGAAACCGUCAUCCGUGUAAUUGCAAACCAUCCCAUCCCAGCGCUGGACCAGAAAAUGAAUGGCCUAAUUUAGAGGCAUUCCUCCUCGUGUCUAUACUCCCCAAAUUUAGAAAGCAAACCAUGCUUCGUGAAAGAAAAAAAUUCUGUCACUCCA